UUCUCAGACAUGGACGACUGCUUUCAAUGUCCAGAGGGACAACAUCCAAAUAUCAACAAAGAUUCCUGCAUUCCCAAAAGUGUAAGCUUCUUGUCUUAUGAAGAACCUUUGGGGACCACUUUGGCCAUUCUGGCACUUUCCUUUUCUUGCAUCACAGCUUUGGUGCUUUGGGUCUUCAUUCAGCAUAAGGACACUCCCAUAGUCAAAGCCAACAACCGGGACCUCACCUACACUCUCCUCAUCUCCCUCCUGCUCUGUUUCCUUUGCCCUCUGUUUUUCAUUGGGCAACCUCAGAUGGUGAUGUGUCUCCUUCGACAAACCAUGUUUGGUGUCAUCUUCUCAGUUGCUGUCUCUUCUGUUUUGGCCAAAACCAUCAUAGUGUUUCUGGCUUUCAUGGCCACCAAGCCUGGGUCCAGGAUGAGGAAGUGGGUGGGCAAUAGACUGGCUUUUUCCAUUGUUCUUUCCUGCACUCUUAAUCAGGCCACAAUGUGCAGUGUAUGGCUUGCAACCAAUCCUCCAUUCCCAGAAUCUGACAUGAACUCCAUGCCUGAAGAAAUUAUACUGGAAUGCAAUGAAGGGUCUGUCACCAUGUUUUACUCCAUCCUGGGUUUCAUGGGUGUACUUGCCUUUGUCAGCUUCACUGUAGCUUUCCUAGCCAGGAAAUUGCCGGACAGUUUCAAUGAAGCCAAGUUCAUCACCUUCAGCAUGUUGGUCUUCUGCAGUGUUUGGCUGUCCUUCAUUCCAACCUACUUGAGCACAAAGGGAAAAUACAUGGUGGCAGUUGAGAUCUUCUCCAUCUUGACCUCCAGUGCUGGCUUACUGGGCUGCAUCUUUUCCCCAAAAUGCUAUAUCAUUAUCCUGAGGCCUGAGCUGAACAACAAAGAUAUGCUAAUAAGAAGAAAGUAG